AUGGCAUCCAAAGAAUCAAAAGGACCUCAGUCGCAGCAGAUCGACUUAAACACCUUGUCCGUCGACAACCUUUCUGCCGUCAAAAAACAGCUCGACGAGGAGCUAGAACACCUUACCCAGUCGUUCCAGAAGCUCAGGCAAGCUCAGAAUAAAUUUAAAGAAUGCAUCAACACCGUCAAGACUGGCCUAAGACCUGGCAAAACGAUUCUUGUACCACUCACAAACUCCCUCUACGUCCCGGGCACCUUAGCAGAUACUGAGAAUGUUCUCGUCGAUAUUGGUACUGGAUAUUACGUUGAAAAAUCUGCUGCCGAUGCCGAGAAAUUUUACAACGGCAAAGUUGAAAAUUUAACGAAAAACCUGACUGAUCUGGAAAAGAUUGUGUCACAAAAAAGCCAGAACGUACGGAUCGUUGAAGAUGUCCUGAGACAGAAGGUCAUGAGCAGCAGUGCGCAGCCUCAGGAGGCGUAG